AUGCCAUUUCUCACAAAGAACCGAAGAAACAGCCUCCAGAAUGCCGCCCCCAACGACGACGAUUUUCCCGCCGCCCAACUUGGCCUUCUAGCCCUCGUUCGGGUCGCCGAGCCAAUUGCCCUCACCUCGAUCCUUCCAUAUGCCUGGAAGCUUGUCUCCAACUUUCAUGUUGGCACAGAAACAAAUGCUCCCUUCUUUGCCGGCCUGCUCAUCUCCGCCUUUUCGCUUGCCGAGGCCUGCAGCGGCAUGUACUGGGGCGGCGUAUCCGACCGUAUAGGUCGGAAACCCGUCGUCAUACUUGGAUGCAUAGGCACCAUGUCGUCUCUGCUCCUUGUUGGCUUAGCCCCAAACUUUUGGGUUGCACUCGCCGGUAGAAUCAUCGGCGGUGCGCUCAACGGCAACAUUGGCGUCAUUCAGACCAUGGUCGGAGAGCUGGUCAAGAGACCUGAGCAUGAGCCCAAAGCUUACGCCGUCAUGCCGUUUGUAUGGAGCAUUGGCACCAUUAUAGGCCCUUCGAUUGGUGGCUACUUUUCUGAGCCUGCGACCAACUUUCCCUCGGUCUUCAGCCCCACGGGUCUGUUUGCCAAAUUUCCCUACCUAUUGCCAAACAUCAUGUGCGCCUCCCUGCUCUUGCUUUCUAUCAUCAUGGCAUAUUUCUUGCUAGAUGAGACGCACCCAGACAAGCAGCCACAUGGAUUCUUUGAACAGUACGAUGCAACUGUUGCAGAGACCCCACUUCUGCCCGCUCAAGGUGCAACCGCUGAUUCUGCGGCAAACCUGACUGCGGAUUCAUAUGGAACAUUCAACUCGGUCGAAGUCGAACGCGACGAGGUUUGGCGCGUGCGGUCCAACGGAGACUGGGUCGAAUCGCCUGCGAGUGAGAAAGUCUUUACACGGCCGGUGAUUAUGUUUGUCAUAGCACUGGGAAUUUUCACGUACCACUCGAUGACAUACGACCACUUGCUGCCCAUCUUUCUUCAGGACAAGCGCGCCAAGGACGAUAUGAAUGCAUUGGACUUUGCUUCAUCCGCACUGGGUGGUGGCCUUGGCAUCCCGAUUCAAAAGGUUGGAAUCAUUCUUUCUUUGAAUGGCAUAAUCCAGCUUGUGAUCCAGGCCCUCGUUUUCCCAGUGCUGGCCGAUUGCUUUGGUGUGUGGAGGCUAUUGCUCAUUGUCACAUUGGCGCACCCCAUUGCGUACUUUAUCGUGCCCUUCUUGCAGCUUCUGCCUGAGCACUUGCUUUACCCCGGUAUAUUUGCUUGCCUCACGGUGCGAAAUCUGACAUCGAUUCUGGCGUUCCCACUGCUGCUCAUUAUGAUCAAGGAAGCUACCCCUGACAAAUCCCAUCUCGGAAAGAUUAACGGACUGGCUGCUUCGACGGGUGCUGCCUGUCGCACGGUGGCUAGCCCCAUCGCUGGUCUACUUUAUGGUCUAUCAAUUGAGCUGCGAUUCACCCCGUUGGCCUGGUGGGGCUCUGCUCUGGUUGCUAUUUGUGGAGCGCUCCAAGUGCCUUUCCUGAACCGCGCAGCCCACGAAUGCCACGCUCAAGUGCGAACCGCAGCCAGAUGCUGCCUUGUCAAGGAGCGCCGACGAAGCGAAGUCGUACGCAUUGUGGUGGAAGAUGAACAACCAUAA